AUGGCGUCGCCAGUCACGGUCUGGAGCAAAAGUCUCAAGCCGAUGCCCCUGGACCUGGAUUCCCCAGGGUUCAGUGCCACGGUUGCGCCGCCCAGCCCAGCCCUCGCGGCCGAGGGUGGCCCCAGUCACGCCGGCAUCGAACGGUCCCUGGGGCGCCUUUGCCCGCCUCCUGCCGCGUCCUCGGCCCUCGGGAACGACCACAUCUAUUUGCUGAUGGAGCCUGCCAUGGGUGGUGAUCUUUUCUCCGCCUACCGCACCCACGAGUUGUUCGGUAGUCAGAAGCACGCCCUGUUCUACGCCGCCUGCAUCGUGCGCGCCCUUGAGCACCUGCAUGGGCUGAGGGUCAUUUACCGGGACCUCAAGAUGGAGAACGUGGUUCUCGACGUGAGAGGCUAUGGCAAGCUGUGCGAUCUAGGAAUGGCGAAGAUGGUGGUCUGGCCCUCCCGGGCCUACACCAUCUGCGGGACGUUGGAGUACCUCGCUCCUGAGAUCCUGACUGGCUGGGGCUAUUCUUAUCCCGUUGACUGGUGGGCUCUUGGAAUAUUGGUCUGCGAGAUGGUCGCCGGGGAGACCCCGUUCGAGGCCGGCAGCGUUUCGGAGGUCCAUAGAAGACUGAUGGCUGGCAUGGAGAAAAUCAAGUUCGAGACGGAGGCUCCGUGGACGGACCUGGUUCGUGGCCUCUGCCAGCGGAUACCGGAGUAUCGCCUGCCGAUGCAGGGCCUGGGCAUCAGGGAGAUAGAGAGGCACCCGUGGUACCUCGAAGCGGGCUUCGGCUGGAGGCGCCACGCGCUGCAGGAGGUGCCCGCGCCGCACGUGCCCGCGCUGGACGGGGACGCGGACCUCAGGCACUUCGACGCGUCCGAGCACCGCCCGCCGCUGGUCGUGGACCCCAUCAGGGACAACGAGUGGGACAACAACGAGUGGGCACAUGACUUCGAGGCCCCGUGGGGGCCGCUGCCCCAGGCGGCGGCGCCCGCGUGA